CCAUAAUCAUGAUCUUCCGAACAUGUUGGUAAUUUAUAUAAGUAUUUCAUGUAAUAAUUGCUUUAUUCGUUUGAAGUAAGCGUUUCAUUUUAAGAACUUGACCAUGGGUGGAAGUCAGUCUCAUGAAAUCUCCCCAGAGGAGAGAAGAUUAAGACAGGACCCAGAGAAAAUUCUGAGGAUUGCGAGAUUUCUCAAUACACAAGCUGAAAAAAGGAAAGCUGGAAGUGGUGAUCUGGUGGAAUGGAAUCAACAUGAUCAAGACAAGCAAAGCAUGCAGCUGUUGAAAGGAUUGUUCAAGCAACUUGAUCCGUCAGUAACAUCAACCAUCGGAGACAACAAUGGUGAAGUUCAGUUGUCCUUUAAGUACGAUGGCUCUCAGAAUCUUCUCCUUGUCAAAGUCCUCAAGUGUCGCGACCUUAGGAACAGAGAUAUCAGGUCCAAAGCCUCAGAUCCUUAUGUUAAGCUUGAGAUGCAUCCUGACCUGCAUGGGGAAGGGGGUCACACAACCCAGAUUGUUGUUGAGACCAACAGUCCUGUUUUCAAUGAAAUCUUCUCCUUCACUCUGUCUGAACUGGAAAUCUUGGAUGCUAAGCUGAUUAUACAGGUCUGGGACUAUGAUGUCACAAGCCGUGAUGACUUCUUGGGAGAAGUCAUCGUAAACAUGAACACCUUCAACUUCAAGCAAGAUCCCAUCCACACAGCGUGGUAUACUCUUCGAAUGCAGACUGACCUGAGUGUUAGUGGUGAGAUAGAUGUGAGUCUUUCAUAUCAAGUACCGGACCGCUUGUUUGUGUCUGUGCUCAGAGCCACCAAUCUGUCUCCACGCGAUGACAGAAUAAAAGCCGAUCCAUUUGUUAAACUCACUAUCCCAGGCGUGGGAGUGAUGCACAGAACACAGGUUAAGAAGAGCACAUUGGACCCAGUCUGGCAAGAAACGUUUGAAUUUUCUGUACCUAUUGAAGAGCUGGCUUUUAGAUAUAUUAUUCUCCAUGUGAUUGAUGAAAGCCAUUACCAUGGAAAUGAGUCUUUGGGUCAGGUGAUCAUUGACCUUGACUCUUUUGACCUUGAAAAAGGGAGUCAUCAAAUACACAGACUGACAGAUUUGAAAAACUCUGAACGAAUUCGCAACAAGAUGUUUCAAAGUCGAGCUGCCCAGGAGUUCCGCGAGUCGUUCAUGGCUCAUGCUUGUGUCCGCUGUCCAGGAUUCUUGUUCCAGAUGCAGUCAGGCAAAAAGGUUGUGUCUGUAAGUUGCCGGAAAGCUGGAAGUCAUGCAAGAAUCCGAAUUGUGGAUGGAAUAUUAAUAAACUAAGCAAGACCUACUGAUACCUGUCACAGAAUUGAGACUGAAAGUUUACAAAGAUGAAAUAAAUAACAUUGAAUAGGGGAUUAUAAGAGAAGAAUUUGGAAUGGGAGCAGUUGGUUAAGGGUUAACGUGAUAAUAAUAUUAUGAACUAUGAGCUGUGCAGUUUAAAUCUGUUUUACUGUAUGUAUAUUUUGCAUUCCUAAUAAUGAGUGAAAUGUUUUUAUUCCUACUGUUGCCUUUUUCGUAAGCACUGUCUUACAAAAUACCUAUGCUAAAAUUUCCAAACUUUAUCCAAAAACAAAUGUUUUCAGUACUUAAGCUAUACUGCAAAUUAAACAAAUUAUGUCACCAUUCAAGAGAAAAAUAAUUCGAAUGACAUUACUAUUCAAGAGUUAACUCUUGGUCCUUUUUCUUUCUUUUUUCCUUUUAGCCAAAAGACAAUUUAAAUUCAGGAUUUCAAAUAAUUUUUAUAAAAUUGAAAUAACCUUUAUUAAAAAUGAAAACAUACUGAUCUCGGAUAUUUGACUACAACUUAGUAAAACAUUGUUUUAUCUGAUCUUAACAUUACUUUAUUAUAAAGUUAACCUUAAAAAUGGAAGUGAUUGAACAUUGUGACACUACUGAUGUUGAAAAGAGUUGGGUUAUUAUUUUGAGGGUCAGCUAUUAGCUGUUAAGACAAACCACAAAAUACAUGUAAUGUAAAUUUGUGGUACGUUCAUUUAAAUUGGUAGUUUAGCCUGUGGAGGGAUUAAUUGCAUGUUACUGCUUACAAUAUUUACUCUUUAAUUUUUUCUUUGAGUGUUUAUGUAUUUGUCCUGUAUUAAUUUGUUGACAGUAUUGAACUCAAAAGUUAAAGUAUUUGUACAAACUUCUGUAUACUGGUUAUACAGAACAUGGGCUGGGCCUGUUACGUUUACAUAAUUAUAUUGUAUUAGUUUUAAAACAGCAUUUAUGGUUUAAAACAAUCUGUGAUAAAUGUUUUAAUUUGUUCACAACUACUGAUUUACAUUAUUUUUAUGAUAUAAUUGCCUAAAAUGUAAUGUUUACGUAUUGAGCAUAUGUGAGGUAGUAACUUAUUUACCGAGCUUAAAAAUAUUUGGACAGCUUUCCAUGUAGCAGUUUGGUUUUCAUUUUGCAUUUAUUUGUAGUAAAUUAAUUAACAUUGAAGUUUAAGCUUCUAAUAUUGUCUAACAUAAAUGUGUUUAGUGUUGGGUUUUUAAAACUGUGAUAAAAAAAAAAGUUUAUCUAUAAAAUUGUGAUAAGAAUUGCUUAUUUACAAAACUGUGAUAAAAAAUUGCAAGUGGUAGCUGUGAUACUAAAAUACAUUUAUAAAAUGUAUUUGUAGGUUAAAAAAAAAAAAAUGUUUGUUUUUAAACGUGGGAUGAUGUUAUUCCUUCUUAAAGAAGUUUGAAUAUGUGAAAUUUUUGGUGUAUUUUAAAACCUUUUUUUAGAAUAGUGUAAUGACCGAUUUACCAAAUUGUGAUCAAAACUACCUACCAGUAUUCACCAAAUAUGGCAGUUUCAUAUAAAUGUAUACUGCAGUAAAAA